AUGUGACAAAACGUGAAAAGGUUGACUUUGCUAUCAAAUGUAAACACAAAACAACCAUUUGCAUGUGUUCAGCCUCUUGUCUGCGUUUACAUCUUCAGGAUUUUCCAUGGAUCGUCGYAGACGAGCAGGAAGUUCACAUGAAGGAGCCGAGACUCAUUCCACUGAAGUCCAUGACGUCCGACAUAGUGAAGAUGCAGCUCUACGUGGAGGAGAGAGCCCAGAAAACGUAGCGAGAGACGACAGAUCGCGCUGUGGAAAGCUCGUCKGUGACAGCUGCACAUGAUAAGCAGAAUAUUUAUGGCAGCCUGCCGGUGCAAGAUGAGUUCAUCUGAAAACGUGGCUUCAGGAAUGUGAAAUAUACCUCAUGGAAUAUAUCUGAGGUGGUUUCCUUUUGAUGCGUGAGUCAGACUGAAACACUGGGAUGYUGUUGGCUAAAUCCUUAAUGAAAUAUGCUGUUUGGAAAAGUGAUAUUCUGUGUGAAGUUGUAACUCCAGUGAGAGURCUAUUAAUGCAUUUCAAGAUGUGUUGUUUUUUUUGUAGAAGUGCUGUUUGGUUCUGUCUCAGUAUUUAAUGAACAGUUUUUAACUGUUGUUCAUUAAAAAAAUGACACCAUGAAUUUAUUAUGAUUUUCAUGUCAAAACCAGAACUUGGAUUAAUUGGCUUCAAGAAGUGYCUAUGUGUUGAUGUGUUGCYAAAUCAUGAUGUGUUGAAAUGCAAUUGUUCUGAAAUGAUUUGCAAUAAAAAAGCAUCAUGUUCUUUAUAUAUGGCAACGUUCUUGGAYAAAACGGUCACCAAGUUAUCGGAGGAGAUCAAACCCCAYGAACAAUACAGGAGACUAAUAGUGGAAAUAAUCUUUAUUAAUUUUACCAAAACAAAUAAUUCAUGUUUCUGCAUGAUAUAAGUCUGUCGCUAACAGACUGAGGUGGCUUCUUCAUUCCUUUUGGUGCAUACAUAUGGUUGAUCUUUGAUGAUCUCAGGAAACAUUUAUCCUUAAAAUGAUAAGUCAAUAAAUGGACAAGUAUGGAGAAAAAAACUUUUUAAAAAAAGCCACAUGUACGUAGCUUAUAUGCUUUUUAACCCCUAAUGUCUUAAAGUACUUUUUAAAUUUAGGAUGUGCAAAGUAUGGAUAGAUAAGGGCUUUUGUUACAGGAUGUUAGACAGAUUGCCAUUCAAAUUUUGUGUAUUUAAGCUUAAUAUGUGAAUAGAAGUUGAUUGUAUGACUUAUUUGAAAAAUGAAUGAUAAGUAAAUAUCUUUCUCGUGGACUGUUGCAAUAACCUGUAUUAUCUUGUUCUGACUCAAACAGUGCCAGCAGCCCUCGGACGACCUUUGGUAUGAGACACAGUGCAGCGUUUGGGUUGAGCAAAGCUCAACGCCGAGGCAACAGGAAAUAAAGAGCAGUAAUUCCAACACUUUUUUUUUUUAAAAUCUGAUCUGAGAAGCAGAAUAGAGGACUCAAGAGUGUGAAAUGAUUUAUUAAGCGUAUCCUCCAUGUAUUUCUGUAAGACUUUUAAAAAAUGUUUUCCUUUCUCACCUCGUUUUUGCCGACUUCCUACCUCCUACCAGGAUGGCUGAUACUCGACACAAACCCUCUGAUUGGUUUACUUCAAGGGCUGGUGGGAGCAUGUGGGAUUUCUGUGCUGUGCUCCCUCUUCAGAGUACAUCUAUUGAUAGAGGAGAGCUGGAAAGAAAAACUGAAUGAAGGCACGUCAAGUGGGAGGUCAAGCAGUAACCCAAUGAGAGCUAAACAUGGACUUUUUGGAAUGCUCCAGUUUCUCUUUGUGACUGGGAUACUGGCCGUUGUGGGGUCCCGCGUGGCGUCACUGGUGGUCCUGGAAUUCUGCUUGCGAGCCGUCUCUGGACUGCUCACAGCUGGACCGGAAACCAGGAAGUUUCUGCAGCAGCUGUUAGUGCAGAGCCAGUUCUCCUUGGGCUGUGCCAUCAGCUGCAGUUUGCACUUUCUCCACGAGGGGGCAUCCCAACGCUGGCUGUGCCUUCUCCUGGCAGCAGCUCUCAGUUGGUAUCUGGCAAAAAAGGCAGCAGCCCUUCUGCAUCAUGUCAUUGCUCUGUAUAAGCUGCACAGCUCCCAGCGCUACUGCGGCAUUUGCAUCAGCCUGCUCACGUCAGGCUGCUAUCUGCAGCCCAUGCUUUGCAGGACUAUGAUCAUUGCCUUUUUUGUGGCCGUGCUGGCAGCCGUAUCGAUCAUCAACCAACAGUUUCUCUCUGCAACUGAGGCCUUGAGGUUCUGGACACCGCUGACUAUCUGCUACACAUUGUUGGUGGUGUACAUGCAGGAAGAACAGCAUCGUCUCCCGAGCAGCCAAGCUGUCCUCAACGCAGUUGUCGUGCGUCUCGGGGGUUUGAUGGUCUUGAUGCUAACCGUGGGACGCUGGGCUGAUGUGUUCCACAUCCUAAUAUGUUUCCUCGGUGAGGCCAGCUGUCUCAUCCCAAACAUGGAUCUGCUGGAUGCAGCAUCCUCGCAGGAUGAAGAGGAUUUUAUAAACUAUGCAAGAAGAGAUCGUCGACAAACAUCACAAACACAUGUGAAACAGCAUCUGAGAUAGCAUGGACUAUUCUGAGGAAGUCAUAACAUGUAAACAUCAGAUUUUUGCAUGUUUAUUUAGACCUGUACUGUUGGCUCUUGUCAUAAAAUUGCUCCCAUGUUAUUUAAUGCAGCUGCUCUGCAGAAGUUACAAUAUAUCACUACUACCUACUACACUUAUAAUUUUUAUGAUUGAAGUCAGAAAUUUGACAUGAUAAUACCGGAAAGUAUGGUUAAUUAAAAAAACAAACAAAACUCAGCUCUUUUUUUUGCUUAAAUAUUAGUCUGAAUUGUACUUUGGCUUGUAUAAAAAUAUAAACCAUAUUUGUAUGUAAAAGCCAUUAUUUUUCGGGUUUUUUUUCCCUGUGAUUUUUCACUAGUGGAAACAUUUGUAUUCAAAAGUAUUCAGUAAAACAAAGGAAAAGAAAGACUAAAACUGCACACUCCAAUAACACUUACAAUGAGACUGAGAGCAUAUGAAACCCAUCGUGGACUCAUCUUUCAUUUCACCUUCGCUCUCAUAGCCAUUAAAUUAACUGAAUAAAAAGAGAUAAACGGACACCCCAGCUGGGUACAGACGUCGAUUACCUUUUAAUUAAAAGUUUUAGGCACCAGCUUAUCUAAUUUGCUGUCUCUAUUACUAUCAUUUUUUGUAUGUAUUUAGCAGUUGUCAGCGUCGCUUGCUAACUGCGUUAUUUUUGACGGUUGCUUCUCAUUAUUUUAUUGAAACGUAAGGGCAAAAUGGCUGACGAAACUAUUACUACUGUUAGUCUCACAAAAUGGCGUAGAACAAAGACCUAGGCCCCUGGAGGCUUUGUUGAUUUUUUUUUGUGUGGACUUUGUACACAUUUUCACAGUAAUGAAUCCACAUUUUCUUUGGCUAGUUUCACCAAACAUUGUUUUAACACCCAACACACAUUAAGGUUUCGUUCUCGUCUUUGCAACACGUUUUAAAGCUUGUCGUCUUUUCGUGAUUUAUGUUCUGACACCCACAUCGAAUGAAAUCCACAUUUUGACGUCGAUAUGAAGACUUCUUUAUUUAGAGCUGAGGACAGAUAGAGACAUAUUCCAAGAGAGGGUUUCUGAUAUAUCACUCCAGUUCCUUCUCAAAAAAAUUUACAAGGGGAACAAUAUGAGCCUGACGGUCCCGUAUCCAUAGUAAUCCAAGUCUGAGAACCACAGAUGACGACAUUUGCGUUUUGGUGUCUGGUCGAUCCACCAAAAUAGUAAAUUGUACUCCCAUGGGUUUAAUGGAUUUAUAAUGAUAUAAAGUUCCACAUCAGGACGGAUUCAGUAGGUUUGAGAAAGACGGUAUCCAAACGCAGCCGGCUGCAGUGAGGGUGCUGGAGUGACUGUGAGAUUCUUGACGCCUCCUCCGGAGAG